AGAAAAUUCAAUCGACACCGUUUAAGACGGAUCCAAUUAGUUGUAGUUAAUUAGCAAUUGAUAAACGUCAUAGCGUACAGGGGAGCAGUUUUAAAAGACUGGUCCAAACAGAGCAGUUUAAACUGUAAACAUGGACCCAAGAAAAGAUGGGUCAAGGUCAGUUUCGCCUCAUAGAGGAUACCAUCCACCUGGUCCCAGGCACACCAUGGCAAGCAUGUCAAACCAGCCUGGUCAAGUACCUGGUUCCCUGAACAUUUUGUCAACAAUUCUUAGGUCACCACAUCCCAGCUUGCAAGCAAGUCAUGCAAGGGUCAUAUCAGAAACAGGUCAUGUCACAGGAAGAGGUCAGUCUCCCAUUAGAGUGAUAACAACGCUGCCUCCAUCUGUGUCAUCAUCAAUCUCACCAAGGACAGGUUUGUCUCCGUCCAGGACACCAACAACUCUUCCUCCAAAGAAAAGUUUGUCACCGUCUAGAUCAGUGUAUACAGAAAGGCAAUCUCCUUCACCAAAAAAUGUCAGAUCUACAGAACUCAUAAACAUAGCUGGUAUGUCAGGAGGUCAAACUUCCAUUCACAGUCAAGUUCAAGGUCGUCAAACUCAAGGUCAGUUACUGUCACACCUGCCGUUUUUAGCUCAGACAUUGCAGUGCGGAAAACAUGUAGCGCACGAGGAUUUAUUUCAGCAGUACAAAUCUCAACAAUUAGCACAAGGAGUAGGAGGUCCCACAUCUGGAAAUCUUUUAAAAGAAACAGCGCAAUCUGUUGUUGUAGGACAAAGAAGUCCAGGUAGACAAACACAGCCUCUCCCAGCUCAUCAAAGGAUCCCAUCCCCACAGCAUGUAAUAGCCAAAAGAAGAACCCCAUCGCCUGCCCACAUGCCUGUUGGGGCCGAUCCGACAGCAAAAGUCAUUGUGGCUCACACUGGAUCUGCCAGGCCUCAAGCAGUGAAUCUAGUAAAGACUUCUGCUCACCAAACAGUAUCAGAGACUAGACUAUUGGACGCAGACUUUAAAUAUGGAGAUUUACUGCAGAGUAUAAACAAGUCAUCAAAUAUACAGUCUCAUCUACUGCAAGGGGGACUUUCACCUAUAACCCCUGCUGACCCAGUUGCCUCAAAAUCCUGGCCAACUCAGCCAGCUCCCCAGUUGGUGCCAGUACCUUCAGUUGCUCUGUCAUUAGGCCAUGCACUCAGUAGUGCAGCUUUUAGUCAGACCCACAAUGUACAACCGGCAAUUAGAAACACCGGUACUAUUGGUGCGACACAUAUGUCUGUAUCGCAGGCAGUGGGGUUCACACCAGUGGUUCUACCGUCUCAGAGCUACAGGUCUAGAAGUCCCGGUAAUUUCAUGGGUAUUCCCGUGUCAUCGUCAAGUGCUAUUAGCAAUAACCCAGCAAGUGUUCACCAAUCAGGUGUGAGUUAUAUUCAUACCAUGGGGACACCUGCACAGUCUGUGUCCAUGACUGAGCCUGGGCCCCCCAAUAUCACCAUAUCAUCAUGCAGCACAAUUCCUACCCCAGACAGACCUCAUCAAAAACUUCCCAGAAACCCUUUCACAUUUCCUGCCACACCUCCAAUCACAUUAACCAAUGAAAGACCGAUUGUUGGGCAUGGAAUUCCUAUCAUCCAAUCAAAAGUGAAGACAGAAUCAAAAUUAACUUUAUCAGCCAAUGAAAAGCAACGACACAGUAGUGAUGAAAUGCCACAGUUAUCACCUGUGAAAAAAGUGGAAAUUAAGAAAGAGGAGGAAGAAAAUCUUGUCAGUAUUCCAAAUGCUUACAACAUGAGGAUGCAGACACUGGCAAACUUUCCUAACAACCCGACAUAUAGACCUACAUAUAGGGCAACAUCAGUAGCUAUACAUAAAGCAAAGGUUGGAUGUGUGGUCAACUCGGCAAAAUCCUUAGAUAUCCUACGUCAAACCUUACAGAAGAGUAUGAAUAAAGAAAUAGACGCUAUCAUAAAGUCUUACUUAGAUAAAUUUUUCAAGAUUGGAAUAGAAAAUAUCAAGUUAAACAAUGGAGAAUCAUCUGUCAAUGAUGAUCAUAUACAAGCAGUCUGUAGACAAAUUUUAGAGGAGGCAAAGAAGAUGUACCUCAGUGAUACAGGACGUCAGAGUGUCUCCCCUGCUAGAGAGCUGUCAGACAAUGUAUCCGAGGCUGGUAGUAGUGGCAGGAGGUCAGCGUUAGGUAGAAGAAGACAUCCGUCAGACACAGACUCGGAGGCCAGCCUCAGACCAACUGGAAACACUAAAAAGAAAAAAGGAAGGUAUAUUGUGAAUCUUACAGGGAGAUCAACACCCUCAAAACUAGCACUUCAACAAUCCAAGAGGGAAGGACCUAAGUUUGAACCAGAAAGGCUGACAGAGGAAACAAUGUUUGUCAUGGGCUCAAAAGCUAACAAGGCAAUGGGAUUUGGUGCCACUAGGGGAAGACUAUAUAUGAAACAUCCAGAGCUCUUCAAGUAUGGUGGGGACCAGGAUGAUAAAACUUGGCUGUAUGAACAUCAGCACAUGCCAGCAACCGGUGGUAAAUCUUAUCUCAUUGUACUGGAUGAUGUCAGAGAGCUCGCUUUGAACGAUGAAUACAGGGAUGCAACAGGUAUUACUGUGGAGCAACUGUCAGGGUUUACUGUACCCAUGUGGAUGAUUGAGAAAAUGAGAAUACAAAUGGUUGCCAUGAGAACAGAUUUACCAAAACAGGCUAAAUAUAGAAGUCGUUCAGCCACACCUAAUGAGGCUAGCUUUGUGCCUGUAGAAGUGAAUGAUGAGGAAACUCCUAAAGAGAUUAAAGAUUUACCUUUUUCAAGCUUCAGUAGCCCCAAACAAAGCUCUAGUUUCAUGGAGGCAUCUGCCACUGAUAAGGAUCUGGAAUUUCUCAGUAACACAGGAAACAGUAACACACCAUCACAGAUGUCACCUUUCAAUAUGACAGGAGGAUUUGAUGAUACAGCCUCACAAUCUGAUCUCGACACACUAGAUGAUGACUCAUUCUCACUUGUUAAAUGAUUGGACUGGGACCUAGUAUUUUGAUAAUGCUAGACUGGAACCUAGUUUUUGCAAAUAUUAGACUGGAACUGGAAUGGAACCUAAUUUUUGCAAACAUUAGACUGGAACUAGAUUUUGCGAAUGAUAGACUGGGACCUAGUUUUUUGCAGUUUCAGUUGGGCCUUGUUUUGCAAAUGAUAGACUAGGACCUAGUUUGUACAAAUAAUGACUGGCACUGGAUUUUGCAAAUGAAAUAUUUUGACCUUGCUUUUACAUAUAACAGACGGGGCUUGAAAUUUGCAAAUGAUUGACUUGAAUAUUUUUAUGGAGAUUAUAUGUACAUGUAUAUAUACUAGGACUUUUUUAUCAGAUAAUGAGUAAAUUGUGAUCUAAGUGAUUAGACUGAUCUAUGUGUGUUACAUUCUAGUGUAACUGUACGAAAUGGUAUUAUGCCAUUUUUGUCAUGUUAAUCGUGUAUUAUGCCAUUUUUGUCAUGUUAGUGGAACUUCACUGAAGUUCAAAAGCAUAAAACAUUACAUUUGAAUUUUCUUACAUAGAUUAGUUGGAAAACAAAUUAUUAGUCUAGAUCUUCAUCAAAUCAAACAUUAAUCUUGAAAAAUUAUUUCUAGUCAAAUCACAUCAAAAACCACAGUGUAGUCCCUUUAAAAUAAAGUGAAAAUUUCAAUUGUUCUUAAUCAAUGACAAUAUGCAGAAAAUUGUGAGACUUUUUAUGUUAAGAAGCCCCAUAGGUACUGCAGAUCUCAAAAUAAAAUGUUCAACUUGUCUUGUUGUUAUGUAAUGUGUAUUCUAUUGUGAUUUGUAUAAUGUUCCUUCUUGUCUGUAGAAAUAUUUUUUAUACAUCCCAGUUAUCAGAUAGGGAGAUUUAUGUGAACUUGUCCCUGUCCCAGAGUCAACACCACUUCUUUUUAUGUCAUGAAGUCUUGUCAUGAAAUGAUACUUAAGAAAGAAAACAAUGGGAUAUUCAAGUUUUUUCUAUAAAUACAUGAUUUAUUUUCAUCGAGUGGUAUGUAAAUAAAUAUUUCAUGAGUGGCGGUAGCAACGAAUGAAAUAUGAUAAUUUUCAUGCCACAAGAUGAAAAUAAAUCUUGUAUUUAUAGAAAAAACUUCAAUUUUCUGUUUAUUAUAUACAUAUGCACAUGUCUCUUUUUGACAUUACAAUUUAAAAGACUUUCCCUUAUUUUUGUAUAAUGGCAGAAUUUAAAAGAAAGUAGUCCGGCAAGACACCAGUGAAAUUACGGAAAAUAUAUUUCAUUGCAAUGAAAAAUAAAUUUUUACAGUGAAAAUACGAAAAAUGAAAAUAAGCAUUUUAUUUCAUCAAAAUUUGUCAAUAUUUCAUUUAUAAGUAUAUAAUAAAAUGGGAUAUCUCUAAACAACAAAGUAAUUUUUUUAUGUAUCUGCCAGAUUUCUUCAACAUAGAAUGCUUGAACUUUUAAAAAAUAUAAUGUAUAAAAAUAGCACUGUGAAAAUGCUAUGGGUAACGAAUCAUGACAACCUGUGGAUAUUUAUAAUGCAACUGCUAUGGCAACUGCCGGCCGCCUGAUAACACUUGCCUGAUAAUUAUUCGUUAGUAACCUGAUAUCAAAUAUAAGACCUGCCCAUUUCGACAGACUUUAUUUCAGUAGCUUAUAUUUUCUCGCCUUUGAAUUGUACAUUUUUAUCAUAUCCUUGCAAGUGACGAAUUGUUAUUAUUAUUUAAAGUUAAUAAAAAAGAACAUAUAUUUAUCUUAUUAUAACUAAUUAUAUGUAUACAAGCUUCACUUCUGAUUAUGAUAAGAAAUCCAAAUUACACAAUGUAUAUUAUUGUUGCUGUUGUUGUUGAUGUCCUUGUUGCCACAUUUUUUGUUCAUUUAGUCGCAUACUGUUGUUAUUUUGUUUUCGAGUUUAUAUAUAAGUCAUAUUUGUAUAUAUUGUUACUGAUUAUUUUCUAGAAAAGAUUUUUAUACUAUUUUCUUUAUUGUGUAUAAACACUAUUUCAUCACAUUUCUGAAAUAAAUAUUUUCUCUUUUGUGAAAUACUCUAUUGAACUACUCUGACAUUUCUGAUGUGAAUAAAAUCUCUAUAUAAAUCAUUUGUUAAAUCAUAGUGUCUGUUUUGUUUUUGAUGUCUUUAUAUUCAUAUACCUCCUAACCAAGAAUUGGAACAGUGUAGUUUAAACGGAAUGGUACCCUGAAAAUGUAAUAGAGA